CAUCCCCUAUCAUUGCUCUCCCAUCCCUCUCCCUCUUCCCCACCAUCCACUUGAGACCUCCGUUGCCAAAAAGUUCUCUUCCGAAACUGGAUGUUUCGACAGCAAGAACAAGAAAAGCAGUCUCACCACAAAAGAACAAGAUGAGGAGCAGGAGCCUGAAAGGAUGGCGAAGAUUGAAGAAUCAAACAUUGCUGUUGGAAUUAGAUUAGAGGACGUUGGUGAGAGUUCGUCUGAGAUUUUGGUUGAUGGUAAGUCAUUCCCGGAUCUUCCGGGCAUUCAGCCAGAUUUAUGGAAAGGUCCCAAGUGGGAUGUUCUCGGCUUCCUUGUUCAGGAUUUGUUGGCUUUUGGCAUCGUUUUCACGUUGAGGGAAUGGAACCCGAUCCUUUUGCUUGGAUACUCGAGGAAUGCCGAUAUUCCUCCCCCUCUGACAUAACCACCGUAGAAUACGGUCCGUAUUUUGGGCUCUCCGACUCCGACUCUGACUCUGACUCCGACUCCGGCUCCGGCUCCGACGCCGCCUUCCAAAAUCAGGUCAACUCCACCGACGUCGUGACAUUACCUGCUCUUGACAUUUCCGAAGAUGAAGAAGUCUUCCACACCCCUCCUGAGUCCAGGUCGACUAACGCCUCCUCUGAUAACUGCAACAACAACGAUGAUCCAGUGAUCGUUGAUUGUGAAGCUGUGGCGAAUAGCGGCAGGAAGAGUAAGAGGGUUAUGGAAGAAGAAGAGAAUGGAGUUUCGAAAAGAUUGAAAGCAAAGACUAUUGAAUCUCCGGCUAUGAGCGACACCGACACCGAGGAAUUGCUGGAGUGGUUCAAGAACUCUGAUGCAUCUCCUGAAGGUGCGCCGGAAACAGAGAUUCAAAAUCUGCAAAAUCAUGGAUUUGAAGUUGGGGAAGGAAGCGUUAGGGUUAGGGUUAGCAGCCAUGAAGGAAGGAAUUUGGGGAAACGUGUACUGCCUUCAUGGGCCAAUCCAAGGGUGAAGGGUGAUGAGGAAGCGGAGAUUAAGGAAACCAAUUUGCCUUCAUUAGUGAAGGGGAGCGUUUGCGAUGGUGAAAGAGUUGAGCAAGAACCGGUCCAUCCUAGUACGGCUUCUGGUGCUUCAAGAGAGAAUCAUGCUGGAGUUAAUGAUGUUGACGAGUUGCUCCAAGUGGGAAAGGAUGGUGAUGAUGAGGAAGAAGAGAAGCUAAUCUGUGUUAGUAUUUUGGAAGUUGCAGAGAAGAAAUGGGGUCCGUUUUGAUGAUUGAUAGGGUUGCUGUUGCUGGCAGGAUUUUAUGGGUCUUUUUGAGUAAACUUUAGGAAACAAAUGGAAGACAGCAGGCAUUUUGUAUGAAGGUGGUUUUUGUGGUACACAUGGCCAGGUAAAUAGGAACUAAGGAACUGGCCACAGGGUAGAUAUUUUGUAGUUGAUGUUCAUGCUUUAAUAUGGUAUGUAUGGCUGUCUAUGAAAUGUGGAAAUACUUUCGGUUUCUAGCUUUGAUGCCAAUUUAUGUUUAUGAUGCUUCUUGCGGGUCUAA